CCGGGCUCCGGGCCCAGUUUAGUAAAGGCCCAAUCCGGUUUGCGCUCGAAAGCCUCCGUCGAAGAGAGCGGCGGUGGCAGUUCCCCAAACCCUAAUUUCGCUCUAGUUCUCCAAUCUCUUUCGGAAUUCGGAAUCCUCAUCCAACUCUAAUCUCCUCCUCUCUGCUCUCAUCUUUAUCGAAUCUUUCUCCUCAAAUCCUUCAUCUUUUUCUCUGCAAACCCUUCAUCCAUGGCGGACUCUGGCGAGGUCUGCAACUUCUUCCGAAAGCCCACCAAGAACAAGAACAUCCGCAAGCGUAAAGCCGCCGGAUCCAGUGACGACGACGAUGAAGAAGGCUCCCAACCCUCCUCCUCCAUCGCCCAGAGAUCCAAGAAGCCCGUCAUCGCCGACAACAAGCUCCACUUCUCCACCGCCCGCUCCUCCUCCAAGCCCUCGGGCGACGGCACCGGAGACGAUGACGACGACGGCCACAAAGCCGCAGGAGGGCGAGCCAGCGCCCUCUUCCACUUCGAGUCCUCCAAAGAGAUCCAGGUCCAGCACGACAGCGGCGCCACGGCGACCCUGGAGACCGAGACCGAAUUCUCCAAGGACGCCCGGGCGAUCCGGGAGCGGGUCCUGAAGCAGGCCGAGGAGGCGCUCAAGGGGAAGUCCAAGGGCCACGACAAGCUCUACCGCGGCCUCCAUGGCUACACCGACUACAAGGCUGGGCUCCGGAGGGAGCAGACGGUGGCCGGGGAAAAGGCCGGCGGCGCCCACGGUCCUCUCCGGGCCUCCUCCAACAUCCGGCUGUCGGCGAGGUUCGACUACCAGCCGGAUAUCUGCAAGGAUUACAAGGAGACGGGCUACUGCGGGUAUGGGGAUGCCUGCAAGUUUUUGCACGAUAGGGGGGACUACAAGUCCGGGUGGCAGCUGGAGAAGGAGUGGGAGGUUGUGGAGAAGGCGAGGAAGAGGGGGUUGGCUUUAGGGGGUGGGGAGCCGGAUGGGGAUGGUGGUGAUGAUGAGGAUGAUGACGAUGACGAUUCAUUGCCCUUUGCCUGCUUUAUAUGCAGACAGCCGUUCGUGGAUCCGGUGGUGACAAGGUGCAAGCACUACUUCUGCGAGCAUUGUGCUCUAAAGCAUCAUUCAAAUAACAAGAAGUGCUUUGUGUGCAACAAACCAACAUUUGGCAUAUUCAACGCAGCUCAAGAGAUCCGGAAGAAGAUGGCACAAGAAAAAUAGUGAGUUCGGAUACUUGAAGAGUUCUACUUCUUUAACAGAUUAUCGGUACCUGUUCUUUUUUCUAACUUUUGUAACUUCGGUAAUAUUUUUUAUUUUUCUUUGUACGCUUGGCGGAGUGGAAGAGUUAUGACCUACACUAGAUGCUAAGUAGUUUUAUAAAACUUCUCUUUCGUAAAAUGGUCGAGGGCAACUAGUUCGUCAAUGUUUAACUAUUGGGCAUGCCAAACAUAUGCAUAUAAAUGCCGCUGAAUUAUAGCUUGGACUAAAUCAAUGUUGAGGUUUAGUAAUUGCUUAAUAUUGUCAAUUUAUUAUUUA